GAUGUUGAAUACUGUAAGAGAUAUAUUGAAACCCGCCAAUAAUAAGGUAAUUCUGGAUAUGACUUUUGGAUCUGGUGGACACAGCUUGAACUUAUUAAAACAAGCGCCUGAAAUGAGAAUUAUAGCAGCUGACAGAGAUUCACUAGCCAACUCAAUUGCACUUGAUUGUAAUAAUUACAUGUCGAACAUUUUACCAAUUAAGUCGAAGUUUAGCCAACUUAAGUACAAACUGAUAGCUAACGGAGUAUUACCGUCUUCGUUAGAUGGAGUUCUUAUCGACUGCGGUGUAUCUUCUAUGCAACUGGAUGAUGCCGAACGAGGAUUUUCAUUUAUUAGAGAUGGACCACUAAAUAUGUCAAUGGAUAACCCCAGAAAAGACAAAAAUGAGCAAAUAAAAGGCAAAAAAAAUGCUAGUUUUGUAGUUAAUCACCUUAAUGAAAAGACUUUGUCGAAAAUCAUUAGGAAAUAUGGCGAAGAAAGACAUGCUAAGCUAAUAGCAAAGAGAAUUGUGGAAAACCGCUUGAUUAAUAGUACUUUGGAAUUAGCAGAUGUCAUAUCGUCAGCUAUUCCCAGGGGAUACGGCUCCAGAAAAGAAUUGAGUAUACAUCCUGCGACAAGAACCUUUCAAGCUAUUAGGAUAUAUGUUAACGAUGAGCUGAACGAAUUAAAUUCUGCUAUAGAGUGUGCUCACCUCUUCUUAAAUGAAGGAUGUCCAUGUGUUGCCAUUUCAUUCCAUUCUCUAGAAGAUAGAAUAGUUAAACGACACUUUCAUUCAAUAGAUUUCAAUAUGAAGAACAAUCUAUCUGCUAGACAACAAAUGAUAUUAUCAGCCGGAAAAGCUUAUACACAUUCGAUGAAAGACAUUAAAAACUCUGUCAGAAAAGGGUGGAAGCCGCUAUCUCGGAAAAUUUUCAAUCCAGAUAUGCAAGAAAUUUUAGCGAAUCCCCGAAGUAGAUCAGCCAAAUUACGUGCCGCAACUAAAGAAUUACUAUAA